GCGAGAAGGAACAGCAGCUUCGCCGGAGGCUGGAAGUCCUUUUGAAGUGGUUGCAACGGUCCUUGGCAGUCCCUGGGCACCCAGGUGACCUCGUGCGAGGCCAGGGUACCUUCAAGCUGCUAGGACAACUUCACGGCCAAGAAACUGAUUUACACGCCAGACUCUCACGAAGAUGAGUUCCGCAUCAACGGGUGGAACUGAGGGGUCUAGCCCAGCCUCUAGCCCUGCCUCAGCUACAAGUCUCACCAUGGCUGCACCAAAAUAUGGUACUUUGGUACCAAAUCGCAUCUUUGUAGGUGGUAUUUCUGCUAAUACCAGUGUAGAAGAACUUGCUCAACUUUUUUCCUCUUAUGGCAAUGUGAAGGCUACAAAAAUAAUUGCUGAUCGUGCUGGUGUUUCCAAAGGUUAUGGUUUUGUCACAUUUGAAACAGAGGAAGAAGCUAAAAGACUUCAACAAGAGUCUGAAUGCAUUGUGUUAAGGGAAAGAAAAUUAAAUAUAGCACCUGCAAUUAAAAAACAACCUUUCAAUAGAUCUUUUGAUGGUGGUUCUGGAUCACCACCUUCUGUGCCUACUAGUACUUACUACUACACAAAUGGUAUGGGUCUGACAUACCAAAAUGGAAUGACAUUUUACAACACAACAGCUCCCACACCAACGACGCAGAUUGCACCACCAACUGAUCCAGCGACCAUCUAUCAAGCAACAGGAGUGUUUGGGCCACAAGCUGCUGGUCAUCAAACUUUCGCACCUGUGAUGUAUCCGUGUCCUGCUCCAUCUCUUUACAUGCCACAACAGUAUCAGUAUUCACCUAUGCCGUACGAGACGUAUUAUCCAGGGGCAGCCGCCGCCGGAGCUUCUCCGUACUUGUAUGCCACUAACAAUUCGCAGAACAACACGAGCGGCGGUAACAGUAAUUCAGGAAGUGGUAACAACGGCACAGGUGCGACCAGUCCACCAACAGGUCCUCCACCGCCGCUUCAGUCUUUGCCUCCACCACCUCCGGCGCAUUUCUAUGCUCCUGCUGCUCCGCCACCACAUCAUCAUCCACCGGUGCCUGCAGGUCCUCCUCCUCCUCAGGUGGACCACUUGUACUAUUCAUUUGCAGCUGGACCCCAUCCACCGCCACCUCCACAUGCGCAGAUGGGAUUAACAGAUCAGCAACUGUUGAUUUACGCCGCCGAUGCUCAAUGCCAGCAAACGUCUUCGUCUGAUGGUCAAGCUGCUCCACAGGAAGAUUCUCGUUCGACAUCAAGCCACUCGGAGCAACCACAUGGUGAAACACAGGCUGCUUCAGGGUCAGCCACACCCCUGGUGUCCUUAAUGCCCGUGAAAUUUCCCAUGUCCGGUCGUUACACCAAUUAUCAUCCAAUCGCGAUACACACCGCUAACUUAUACAGCUCGCAGACCUGUCUGAACGAAACCGACGAUUGCAGUGCGAAUCAGAUGCAUUGCAGGGCGAUCGUCUAUCAUCCGGCAGCGGUAUACAUUCCUCACACUCAUACGCCUCCGUUUCACAACGCUUCCGGUGGUACUAGCCUACUGCCUACACCGCCAUCCGUCUCCCAGCAGAUGUUCGACUCGGCCAAUAAGAAUCAGUGCUUCAAUUCCAGGGAGUACACGAAACCGUCCGGUUCCGUGAACGCCCAAAACAAUUACGCGAAAUCACAGAAUCACGGGAUCGCGUUGUCCCAUCAGAAUCCGUUCGUUCGAGCUCAAAACGUAGGGAACUCACAGUCGUACAAACACAGUAACAUAGACGGAGGUUAUAAGUACACAACGCCGGCGAUGAGCUCGCGGUUCUCCGCGAUGCAGUACAACAAAAAGGCGGCCGGUUCCGGCGUGGGCUCUCCGGCUUACUUCGUAGCACAAAAAUCCACGGAAAGUUACAAUACGGUACAGAAGUCGAACGCGUUUGUGGCCAGUCAGUCGUACAAUUGCGCUAACACGCAAAAAAUGUUCAACACCAUGCCGAAUUUCGAAUACGCGAACGGCCGUAGGGUUAAUAACCCGGUAUGCGGCGGUGAUCAGUAUUUCGAGAACGCGACAAAAUCGGGCAACUAUUCUGUCCGUAAGAACGCUACCAGUUAUCGGAACAACGGUGUAGUCACCGGACAGAUCGAGGGAAGUACCAAUUCUGCCAGUCAAACGAAUGAUAAUAAACACGUGACGACUAAUAUGGAGAAUGAGAAUGGCAGUUCGCAGGGUAUCGCGCAAGCGACAGAGAGCAGUAACUCGGAGAAGCCGGUGAGCCCACCGCCAGCGCCGUAUUCGCCCAUGACACGACCCCUUCCAACUUUGUCACCACCCACCUCCCAGGUCCAGUUCUACGCUCCGGCGCAAAACCGCUAUCAGCCAUCCUUAGCUCCGCCUCAGCAACAGCAUCAACAGCAACAACAGUCGAACACACAACGUCGAUACACCAUCAGUCCAGCGUUGUCAGCGAGCAGCAGAAAACCAACGGAGAAGUACUCGAGCUCGUCAUCUAGCUCUCAGCCAGCUACCACGACGAUGUUACGACAGAGCAAGUACAAGGUGAACGGGAUCAUGCAGACAGGAAGCAAAGUGUCAGAGGACAGUCUCGGAGGAGCUGGGGAUGCUCCACCAGGCGUUGGUAGGAUGCCUAUCACUCCACCAGGAACUCCAAGGACUCAUCCAGGUCAUCCGGCUGGUGAUCAGAGUCAGCUGAGCGACACGUGCCAUCAGAUGCAAGCUCUGAGCCUUUGAACGCACGCUUACAACUGCGCUCGAUUCGUUUUUUCCUCCACCUUCUACUUCUUCUCCUUCUUCUACUACUACUUCUUCUUCUUCUUGUUCUUUCGGUCCUAUCCGUAUAUGUGCGUAAAGACAAGUUAUUAGGUUAGGCGAUUAGAUAGGAUAGAUGCAAACCCGAUUUUGAAGCCGUAUGAAAAAAAGAGUAGAACAAAAAAAAAUAUAUAACAAACAAAGAGAAAACAGGCGUGCCGAUUCACGGACGAUCCGCAUACAUAUUUGUGAAAACUGCAUAGAAGCACGAGCGAACACGAUUUAAAAGGGAAAAAGACAAACAAACAAACUAUUCUCUUCUCUUGUGAUCUCGAUUCCAAAUCCAAAAAUGACGAAAAAAAAAAUAUUGAAAACGAAAGGAAACAAAGAAAAGAACGGGAAA